AUGAAAACCUCUAUCUCGUCCAAUGUCUGGGAGACGAAGAAAGCAUUGAUUUCUCGGCUAUACAUGGAGGAGGAAUGGCCACUCAAACAGGUCAUUAAGCAGAUUCGGUCUGAUGAUUUUAAUCCGAGUGAAACCCAGUUACGCAGCAGAUUAAAGAAAUGGCGAGUCACUAAGCCAUCGCGUCAAACACACAAGAAGCCUCAGGCCCCAACACGUUCCAAGCAUGAUCCAGAUACCGAAAAUAACAAAAAACGUCCAUCCUCGCCGCGGCCAAAGGAUCCCCAACCACCACCGCCCUCCUUUACUGAAGUGCCGUCGUUGACGACUGAGUGGACUUUGAGCCUUCCCGUCUAUACGCAGUCCAAGUUGUCAUUGUCGGCACAGCCGUUGACCCCGAGUCCUUCGUCAGGGCAACAGACUCGGGCUGCCACUUCCUUUACAGAUCCGAGUCCCCAUGCUUCCUUUGCCGACCCAUGUCCGCAUGACAGCCCUUUCAACCAAACGUCUUCGGUGAGCGAGGGCCUCAUUUUUAAUACUCCUACCUGCGCCUAUCCGACCCCGGGCUAUCCACUUUCUCCCGACCCGUGCUUUGCGAGCCCGGACACAGCUCUUGCACCACCGGGAAUCGCAUGGCCUACCCGUUCUCUGUCCGUCGACUGCGGUCUCAACCCUGCCGUGAGCGCACCAUCAUGGUACUCUUUGACCGUGGGAGCCAUCACUCCCCCGCCUGGUGUAUCCCAUUCCGCCGCUCCCCUAAGCGCCCCGAUAGCAGGACAGAUGCAUGUCGUGGGUCCUCCAACUCCGGAUCAAGUUUAUUCACAUCCAGUCACUCACUAUCAGAGUGAAAUGCCUGGAUUUGCGCACGGCUACGCCGAACCAAGGAUAUAG